GGGUGGGGGAGAUGGGGAUGAGGGAGGAGGUUGUUGAUGUGAACGUGGAGCUUGGGGGACGGACACCACUCCAUUACGCAGCCGACUCGGGCCAGUUUGACACCCUGGCGUUCUUGCUUUCCAAAGGAGCAAAUAUUAAUGCGACAGACAGGCACGGAAUAACGCCACUUCUGUCGGCUAUCUACGAGGGACAUCUGACAUGUGUGAGAUUACUACUAUCUGAGGGCGCUGAUAGAAACGUGAAGGGGCCGGAUGGACUGAGCUGCUUUGAAGCAGCAGGGAGCCCAGAAAUCAAGGAACUUCUCAAAUGAUGAUCAACAUGCUGUGUUGUAAUCACGGCUGCUCUUUCUCUUUUUCUCUCUCUCACUCUCUCUGCUACUCUGACUGCACCUUUAAUCCUGAUUGAAUAGAUGCAUUUGUAGCACAGUUUUAUACAGUUACAGGCAUCUUAACCUAAACUUCUGAGCUGCCCCAAAGGCACAAUUCCACAGGUCCCUGGAGAUUGUCGUCCAAACAAUGCUUGCUGUUGUUCCCCAAAAACCCGUACUUCUCUUGACUUGGCCCACAUUCUAAUCGUGCAGAGCCUUGAGUGAAGCAAAGAUUCACCAACCCCCCUGACUCUGUCAUUGGGUUUUCGGCUAGAGGCAGGGGAGAGGCUGAAUCAUGGCUUACUGAUUCUCCCUUGUACGGGUGUGCGACAGGUCCUAGUGGCCCAAGGUAUUCCCGGUCCCAAGCCUCCUCUCCCAGUGGCACUUCCAAAACUUUUCUUUCUUCCCUCCUCUGCCUGAUUUUGGCAUCAAUUCUGUAAAGCCGUGAAUGUUUUGGGGGGAGGAGAACUCUACAGAGUUCCUAGAAUGAAGGUGAUAAAAGACUAACCAGUUGACUUAAAAAAACUGAAUAAUGAUCACUGCUGCAUAAUUAUUAAAUUGCAAAAUGCAUUUU